AUUUGCUAUGAGUAGGCCACUCUCUUGUUCAGAUCCAAAGUUUAAUUUGUUCAACGGAGGCUUGGGAUGUACUGUAAAUGGUUGUGGUCAAUACAACAAAUGUCUAACUGUUCUAAAUGAUAAAUUGAUAGAAACAACAGGGUGUUGCCGUAUGAAAAUUUUAGAACCAAACUUUGUGACAGUUUUUGUCUAUAUGUUGAUUGUUCCUGUAAUAGGAAUAGCAAGUUUGGGAGCUUUGGGAGGUACAUCUUUAUAUAUUAUAAUCCUAAUAGGAGGGAUUGUAAAACGUCCAUUCCUUUAAACUAUUCUGAAUUUCGAUGCCAGUAUAGCUGGAGAUAUUACUGCUUGUCUAAUGAUCAGUGCACAAAUCGUGAAUAUGGUGUUCAUAUUCCUCCAAAAGUAAAAAUCACAGAUUAUAAAAAUAGUCAUCCUGACGUGCAAGAACGACCCGUGAUUAAUUAUGAUAUAGCUAUUAUAUAUACUUUGGCUAUUCCGGUAAGUAUGUGCUUAGGAAGUGAUUUAGCAAACUUUCUACCGUUACUGCCCUUAUUAUCAUUUUAAAUCCUUUUUUUUAUAGCAAUAUCCCCUGUGUUGAUAUAUUAUGCUAGGAGACAGAAUGAACUAGAAGAUCUAAAGGAUCAAAACAGUGAUAUAGCUAAGGAAUCAGCACUUCUGACCAUGUCCUAGUAGCAGAUAUAAAAUCAAAAUGAAUAUACUGAAAGUUAAGCUAAGAUAUAUAAAUAGCUUUAUGCUGAACAAUGUUAAAGAUUUCCCCUUGUACCAAUUCUAAUAUCUUUGGGGAAUUUCGUUGUUAAUGAAGUAGAUAUUGCAAUUAUAAUUAUUAGCUUUUAUUACUGUUGAGAUCUUCCCCAUACCAAUAUUCGCCAUACUUCUUUCCUGAUGGAGACAUAAAUAAUAAAAAUAAAGAUAAAGGUCCCUGUGAACCUUGGAAUUUUUAUAUGGUUCUAUUACUGACAGGAGUGAACCUCCUGAUAACGAGUUGUGUUUAUUUUUUUAUGAGGAAGAAGGAAUUGCUGAAAAACACAGUUAACUUUUAUCCUCAUGAACGCUACUUCACUCCUCUAAGAAGAUUCUUUUUUGUAUAUUUAGCUGGAUUUUUAACAGGAUUUGUAGCAGGUUUUGUGGGAAUGGCAGCUGGAUUAACAAUGGUAGUGACUAUGGUUCAAUUUAAAUUGAUUGCAGCAGUGGCAGGAGCAACUGCCAAUUAUUGCUACUUUUUGAUUUGUAUCUAAGUGUUUACAAAUUUCCUUGUUGGUGCUUCGUAGAGUUAAGGAUUAAGUGUUGGAGAUCAAUUCUUUUUUUAUGCUUUGGGAGUAAGGAAUUCAUAAAGAUUUGAUAGGUUUUGGCAGUUCUCACGUUCACAAAUUACGGUUAUAAGUUGUUAUAGAGAUAUAAUAUCGGGCAUAUAAUUUUUUAUAUUGACUUUGGAAUUGUUGUUCUAAAUAUUAUUGGUAACAUUGUAUGGGGAGUCGAGAAUGGCUAUCGGGAUGGUUUCCGUUCAUUGGAGUAACAGCCUUCAACAUGCGGAAAUUAUGUAUUAGAUAAUUGA